CUAAGCAGGCUAAAUCAGUUGGGUCAGAAACAGAGAACACUAACAAGAAGAGCAUCACUCUAAACUCUUAAUCUUAAUUAAAGUCAAAUCACAUAAUUUUGCUUUGCUUACCUCAGCAACAACAACAACCUAGUAAACAGUAAUCCAGCAAAAGCAUCUAUAUAUUAUAUUUCUACACUAAACCCCCAUCAAUUCUCACGCCCUUUCAACCAAUCAACUAUACAAUCACAACAAGGACUGAAUUAUUAUUCUUAUUUGUCGUUGUUGUUUCUUGUUUAAUGGCUCUUCACUGUGGAGCUUUAUGCUUCAAAGGCAUGGUGGUGGCUUCUUAUCAGCUUCCAUCAGGUUCAGUCAAGCUCAGUCAGACUCAGCCCACUAUCAAAGUUUUUCUGUUUUCAACUUUGUAUGUUACAGGAAAGGCAGUUGCUGGUGAUGGCACAUCUGAAACAAAGGAAUCACCUCUUGUGGUUUGUUUUGGAGAAAUGCUCAUCGAUUUCGUCCCAACUACCAGCGGCCUCUCUUUGGCCGAUGCAUCUGCUUUUAAGAAAGCUCCUGGAGGUGCCCCUGCCAAUGUUGCUGUAGGCAUAUCCCGUUUAGGAGGUUCAUCAGCCUUUAUUGGAAAGGUAGGUGAGGAUGAAUUUGGAUAUAUGCUUGCUGAUAUACUCAAGCAAAAUAAUGUAAACAAUGAAGGGAUGCGUUUUGACCCCGGCGCACGCACUGCUUUAGCAUUUGUUACAUUGAGGAGUGAUGGAGAACGAGAAUUCAUGUUUUAUCGCAAUCCCAGUGCUGAUAUGCUGCUUCAAGUAGAUGAACUUGAUUUGGACUUAAUUAGAAAGGCUAAGAUCUUCCAUUAUGGUUCUAUUAGUCUUAUUACCGAACCGUGCAAAUCAGCACACAUUGCUGCUGCAAAAGCUGCGAAAGAUGCCGGUGUAGUUCUAUCUUAUGACCCUAACUUGAGGCUUCCUUUAUGGCCUUCUGCAGAGAAUGCCAGAGAAGGAAUUCUGAGUAUAUGGGAAACUGCCGAUAUCAUCAAGAUAAGUGAAGAAGAGAUUUCUUUUCUUACAAAAGGCGAAGAUCCAUACGACGAUGCUGUUGUUCGUAAACUAUUCCAUCCAGACCUCAAGCUGCUUCUUGUUACUGAAGGUGCAGAUGGUUGUCGCUAUUACACCAAGGAGUUCAGUGGAAGAGUCCAGGGAUUUAAGGUGGAUGCUGUUGACACAACAGGUGCCGGUGAUGCCUUUGUGGCCGGAAUAUUAUCACAAUUAGCUGCAGAUCUUUCAUUACUUCAGAAAGAGGAGCAAUUGAGAGAUGCUCUUAAAUUCGCCAAUGCCUGCGGUGCGCUGACCGUGACGGAGAGAGGCGCAAUACCAGCUUUGCCCACAAAGGAAGCCGUUCUCGAAGCCAUGCUCAAGCCUGUAUCGUAAAUUCGCGGCCUAAUCUCUAGUUCUGUGAGGAUCUACUAGUCUACUACUACUUGCUUUUUGUAAAUUCUUAGCUGCUUUAAAAGCGAAAAAGCUACAACGAAUAAGAACUAAUUGUUUCAAUAAUUUGGCAAGUUCAUGCUGACUCAAGCAAAGUUUUCAUAUAGCAAACACUCCAUUCUUGAGUUCAUCCAACAUCAGAGCAUGUAUUGCUUUCACUACUUAACAUAGUGUUACUUUCCAUGUAUCAACAUUCGGUUGAUGUGUCUUGUUAUAUGUACAUAUUGUACACAAGAUAUUGUGUCGAUUCACAUCUCAUCUACUAGUACACUAUUGAAUGGAACCUGCAACUUAUUUAGAUUCAA